GUGGGGAGGCAGACGCCGGUCCGCUCAGGCCUCGGCGCGGCCUACAGGCUCCGCUCGCCCGCCCGCCAGCCCGCCAGCCCGCCCGCUCGCUCGCUCCCCCGCCCCGCCCCGCCCCGCCAUGGCGGAGCCUUCGCCAGCCCGGCGUCCGGUGCCUCUCAUCGAAUCGGAGCUGUACUUCCUCAUCGCCCGCUACCUCUCGGCUGGCCCGUGUCGCCGAGCGGCGCAGGUGCUGGUGCAGGAGCUGGAGCAGUACCAGCUGUUGCCGAAGAGGUUGGAUUGGGAGGGCAACGAGCACAACAGGAGCUACGAGGAAUUGGUCUUGUCCAAUAAGCAUGUGGCUCCUGACCACCUGUUACAAAUCUGCCAGCGAAUCGGCCCCAUGCUGGAUAAAGAAAUCCCACCCAGUAUUUCAAGAGUCACUUCUUUGCUUGGUGCAGGAAGGCAGUCUUUGCUACGUACAGCAAAAGACUGCAGGCACACAGUAUGGAAGGGCUCUGCCUUUGCUGCUCUUCACAGAGGAAGACCUCCUGAAAUGCCCGUGAAUUAUGGCUCCCCACCAAGUCUUGUGGAGAUACAUCGAGGAAAACAGCUCACAGGGUGUUCCACUUUUAGCACAGCGUUCCCAGGAACUAUGUACCAGCACAUAAAGAUGCACAGGAGGAUUCUCGGACACCUGUCUGCUGUGUACUGUGUAGCAUUUGAUAGGACAGGACAUAGAAUCUUUACAGGGUCAGAUGAUUGUCUGGUAAAGAUCUGGUCCACACACAACGGACGUUUGCUGUCCACGCUGAGAGGCCACUCUGCAGAAAUUUCAGACAUGGCCGUCAACUACGAGAACACACUGCUUGCCGCUGGCAGCUGUGAUAAAAUCAUCAGGGUGUGGUGCUUGAGGACCUGUGCCCCAGUGGCCGUGCUGCAAGGACACACGGGGUCAAUUACAUCCCUGCAGUUUAGCCCAAUGGCCAAAGGACCUCAGAGAUACAUGGUCUCCACUGGUGCUGAUGGGACUGUUUGCUUUUGGCAGUGGGAUUUGCAGUCCUUGAAAUUCAGUCCACGCCCCCUGAAGUUCACAGAAAAGCCAAGACCUGGUGUUCAGAUGCUGUGCUCUUCAUUUAGUGUUGGUGGUAUGUUUUUAGCUACAGGCAGUACAGAUCAUGUGAUCAGAAUGUAUUUUCUGGGGUUUGAAGUACCUGAGAAAAUCGCCGAACUUGAGAGCCAUACCGACAAAGUUGAUAGCAUCCAGUUUUGUAAUAAUGGUGACCGGUUCUUAAGUGGUAGCAGAGAUGGAACAGCACGGAUUUGGAGGUUUGAACAGUUGGAGUGGAGAAGCAUCUUGCUGGAUAUGGCCACCAGAAUCUCAGGAGACAUGUCUUCUGAAGAAGAGAGGUUUAUGAAACCCAAAGUUACAAUGAUAGCUUGGAAUCAGGAUGAUAGCAUUGUGGUCACAGCUGUGAAUGACCAUGUCCUCAAAGUGUGGGACUCUUACACUGGACAGCUGCUGCAUAACCUACUGGGACAUGCUGAUGAAGUGUUUGUUUUGGAGACACAUCCCUUUGAUUCCAGAAUUAUGUUAUCUGCAGGACACGAUGGCAGCAUAUUUAUAUGGGAUAUUACAAAAGGCACCAAGAUGAAACAUUAUUUUAAUAUGAUCGAAGGACAAGGACAUGGAGCCGUGUUUGACUGUAAGUUUUCACAGGACGGACAACAUUUUGCCUGUACAGACUCUCACGGGCAUCUUCUAAUCUUUGGUUUUGGAUGCAGCAAACCAUAUGAAAAGAUUCCUGAUCAAAUGUUUUUCCAUACUGACUACCGACCACUGAUAAGAGAUUCCAAUAACUAUGUCUUAGAUGAGCAGACACAACAGGCACCACAUCUUAUGCCCCCACCAUUCCUGGUAGAUGUAGAUGGAAACCCUCAUCCAACCAAGUACCAGAGAUUAGUACCAGGUCGUGAAAACUCUGCAGAUGAACAUUUGGUUCCACAGCUAGGCUAUGUGGCCACAAGUGAUGGGGAGGUGAUUGAACAGAUUAUAAGCCUGCAGACCAAUGACAGUGGUGAAGCCAGCCCCGAAUCCAACAUUCUUGAUGGGAUGAUCCGGCAGUUGCAGCAGCAGCAAGACCAGAGACUGGGAGUGGAUCAGGAUGUGAUUGCAAAUGGACUCUCGAAUGGGGAAGAGACUCCUCGGAGAGGGAGUUUUAGAAGACUGAGUUUAGACAUCCAGUCUCCUCCAAACAUUGGUCUCCGCCGGAGCGGGCAGGUUGAAGGAGUUCGUCAAAUGCAUCAGAAUGCUCCCCGAAGUCAGAUUGCCACAGAGCGAGACCUGCAGGCUUGGAAGCGGAGAGUGGUUGUGCCAGAGGCACCACCAGGCAUAUUCAGGCGGUUGGAAGAUUUUCGCAUCGAAAGAGGUGAAGAGGAGAGAAACCUAUAUGUGAUAGGGAGGAAAAAGAAGUCUUUCCAGCUCUCACAAAAGUCAAAUUCAGUGGUUUUGGUGUCCCAGUCAAGACAACGGACUUGUAGACGUAAAUAUGCAAAUUAUGGUAGAAGAAAUACUGGCCGGUGUGAAUUGUCUUCUGGAAAUGAAUCUUCAGGUUCUAUUAGACAUGAGACGUCCUGUGACCCGAGUGGAGGCUCUUGUUCUUCAGGGGACGAUGAGUGGAGAAGCGAUAGAAGAAGUGAGAGUGACAGCGAGAGUUCAAGUGACUCUUCCUCUCGAUACUCUGAUUGGACAGCUGACACAGGAAUCAACUUGCAGCCUCCUUUAAGGAUGUCUUGUCGCCGUCGAGUAACCCGAUUCUGCAGUAGUUCAGAGGACGAAAUGUCUGCGGAGAACACAUCUCCUCCAAAAAGAAGGAGGAAAAGAAAGAAAGAAAGCAAACCUAAAAGGGAGAGUUUGCGAAGGAUGACUCCACCAGAGCUUGCAAAUACAGAACAUUUAUAUGAGUUUCACCCUCCUGUUUGGAUAACCGACACUACACUUCGCAAGUCUCCUUUUGUUCCUCAGAUGGGUGAUGAGGUGAUCUACUUUCGCCAGGGCCAUGAAGCAUACAUUGAAGCUGUCAGAAGAAAUAACAUUUAUGAACUAAACCCUAAUAAGGAACCAUGGAGGAAAAUGGAUCUCAGGGAUCAAGAGUUGGUCAAAAUAGUUGGAAUAAGAUAUGAGGUUGGACCACCUACCCUUUGUUGCCUCAAACUAGCAUGUAUAGAUCCAGCAACUGGCAGACUUACAGAUAAAUCUUUCUCCAUUAGGUACCACGAUAUGCCAGAUGUUAUCGAUUUUCUUGUGUUGCGUCAAUUUUAUGAUGAAGCAAGACAGAGAAACUGGCAGCCUUGUGACAGAUUUCGAUCUAUUAUUGAUGAUGCUUGGUGGUUUGGAACUGUGUUGAGUCAAGAGCCGUAUCAACCACAGUACCCUGACAGUCACUUCCAGUGUUACGUCGUUAGGUGGGACAAUACUGAAAUUGAAAAGCUUAGCCCAUGGGACAUGGAACCAAUUCCUGACAAUGUUGAUCCACCAGAAGAGUUGGGAGCAAGCAUCUCUGUCACUUCAGAUGAGCUAGAGAAAUUGCUCUACAAACCACAAGAUGGUGAAUGGGGCCAGAAAUCAAGAGACGAGGAGUGUGAACGCAUCAUCAGUGGCAUAGAUCAACUUUUAAACCUUGAUAUAGCAGCAGCUUUUGCAGGCCCGGUGGAUCUGUGUACAUAUCCAAAAUACUGCACAGUGGUUGCUUAUCCAACAGAUCUUUAUACAAUUCGAAUGAGACUUAUUAAUCGAUUUUACAGGCGAUUAUCUGCAUUGAUUUGGGAAGUCCGUUAUAUAGAGCAUAAUGCAAGAACAUUUAACGAACCUGAAAGUGUAAUUGCAAGAUCAGCUAAAAAAAUAACGGACCAGCUUCUGAAAUUUAUUAAGAAUCAAGAUUGUACAAAUAUAUCAGAGCUGUCUAACACAUCUGAAAACGAGGAUCAGAAUGCAGAUGAUUUGGACGAUAGUGACCUCCCUAAAACGUCUUCUGGAAGGAGAAGGAUCCACAGCUGGAAAAAAAGGAGCAACAGAGCCGCUAGCUGUGUUGAGAACGACUGGAGGAGGCAGUGCAAGGCCUUGCUCAUCUUGAUUUUUCAGUGUGAGGAUUCUGAGCCCUUCAGACAGCCAGUGGACUUGGUUGAGUACCCAGAUUACCGAGAUAUUAUAGACACUCCAAUGGAUUUUGGAACAGUAAGGGAAACUCUGGAAGCUGGGAAUUAUGAUAGCCCUGUGGAAUUUUGCAAAGACAUCCGAUUAAUAUUUAGCAAUGCAAAGGCGUAUACACCCAACAAAAGAUCAAAGAUUUAUAGUAUGACUUUGAGAUUGUCUGCUUUGUUUGAAGAAAAAAUGAAAAAAAUCUCCUUUGAUUUUAAAAUUGGCCAAAAAUUCAAGGAGAAACUUCGACGAAGCCAAAGAUUUAAGCAAAGGCAAAGCUGUAAUGGUGGCAUUCAGGUUGACACCAGUGUAAGAAAUAUCAAACAGAAGCGGUUCAAAUCUCAGACAAGAGUAAUUCCACAGUUGACGUGUCCUCCCUCCCAGUCUACCUCAAGUCGGGCACCUUUGUCUGCAACCCUCAGGACAAGCACUCGUGCCUCUUCAGGCUUUACUUCUGGGGAUUCUUCAGAUUCAGUGCAGUCAUUUGAACGAGCGAGAAGAAAUAGACCGGAGACUCUGAGGACUGGUUCUGAGCUGUCAGAAAGUGAAAUGGAAGAUUUCAUAGCUACCUCUUCAUCCUCUUCAGCUUCAAAUAGUUCCGAGGAGAGCAAAGGGAGUUCCAGAGCUCCACAGUGCUCCUUGCGCACUGGCUUGUUGAGAGGCAGCAGUCUCAGGGUGACCAGAACAAGAGCUGCGCAGAGAAAAGCUGGUUGUGUUUCUUUAGAAAAUGGAUGUGGCAGAAAAGCUACCCGGAAGAGAGUGUACUUAAGUGACUCUGAUAACAAUUCAGGGGAGACGGAGGGAAAUCUGAGAGGCAAAACUGGGAACAAAAAAGUCCUCCGGAAGUGUGCUGCUGUUGCAGCCAGCAAGAUAAAGUUAAUGAGCGACGCAGAAGGCAACUCCAGCUCUGAGAGCCUGUGCUCUGGCCGGAAGCUGCCACAUCGCAGUGCGUCGGCUGCAGCUAGGAAAAAGUUGCUACACAAUUCUGAUGACCAGAGCCUUAAGUCAGAGACAGAAGAACUGAAAGACCAGAAUCUGUUGAUGUCUGGUCCUCGUUCUGCCCAGGACAGUGUCAGUGACUCAGACAGUGACUUGCGAGCAGCCCGGAAGAACUGGCAUGCUAAUGGCUGCUCAUCCCAUACGCUGGCAGCAGGCAAAACUAAGUUCCUUCCAGUAGAGUCUUCUGAGGAAGACUCCAAAUGUCACGAGUCAGAUAAUGGGCACAGCGGCACUGCCGCCCCUUCAGCCUCUGGGCAGAAACUUGGGGCAGAGAGCGUCUCUGAGGAAACUGACUCUGAACCAGGGAGCAGCCCGUUAUGUAAGAAUGUGCAUCUGUUUAAGAAGGCGAAGAUCUUGAGCGACUCAGAAGACUGUGAGGAACAAGGAGGGGAGAGCAGGAGCGGUCACACUGUAGAAGGGAACUCAGUUUCUGCCGCCUCGAAGAGGGAAGCCAUUCCUGUCCCUCAGCGUCUCUUGAGCGGUGAAUCUGAGACUGACGCAGACUCCGAUGUCGGCACAGUGAAAGAGAAAUUGCUCAGCAAUGUGAAUGAUUCUCUAUCUCGAGAAAAUGGACCAAGCAGAAAAGUUUCCCGGAAAAGGGUCUGUUCCAGUGACUCGGAAAGCAGUCUACAGGUGACGAAGAAGUCACCCAAAGACAAGACCAGUCUCCUGAGGGUUACUCGAAGUGCCAGUGUGGCUGCUGAUAAAAUCAAGUUCACAAGUGAUGCAGAAAAUGCUGCCUUGGAAACCGUGUGUACUCGAAGCAGAAGGAGAAGGAAAAGGCCCACCAGAUUUGCUUGUGCCACAGCAAAGAAGACACCGAGUGGUGGUGAGAAGCUUGCACACUGUGAAGUGGCAGAGGCACAGCACGCCUGCAGUAGCAAGCUCCCCGAGUCUGCACCCCAUGGCAGCACCACAGAUGCCCCUCAGUCUGUGAGUGCAGACUUGGAUUCCGAAGGGGGUUCCAGUUCUGAGCAUACAGGGAGCACACUGAACAGACACACCGACAGUGUGGGCACAAGCAUGCCUCCUAAAAACCGAAGCUCCUCUGCUGGACCUUCUCGGGAAGACCCCACAAGCCACACCCCAGACGGUGAGAUCAGCUUGUCUUCUGAGUCAGUGUUGGCCCAAAAAGCUACCACAGAGAAUAACUUUGAAGAAGACCUGAAUUAUGGAUUGCGAAGGUGGAAUGGUAGAAGACUCAGGACGUAUGGAAAAGCCCCUUUCAACAGGACAGCACAAGUGACUCACAGUCUACAGGUGUCAGCAGAGGCUGGGGUGAAGAGGAGAGUGCAUCUUGAGUUAGACCAUGAGGACAUGCCUGGACAAACAGAGAGUUCAGUGUGUGUGCCUGACUCCAGUCCCAAGUCUGAUGACUUGGGAUCAGUAACCGAAUCUGAUAUUGACUGUACUGAUAACACAAAAACCCAAAGGAGAAAAAAAAGGAAAGGGAAAACAAAAGUGGUUAGAAAAGGUAAAACCUUUACAUCCAACCUGUCUAAAAGUGCAAGACAUCAAAGACAGAGUAAAUGUCCUAGGUUAAAUGUGGAUGACAAUGACUGGGAGGAUUUGGACUAUGCAAAUGCUAAAAGAGUUGUUCGGCGCUCAAAAAUAAGAACGAGAAACCAGGGUAGGAGAACGGUGAGGUACCAUGAUGGGGAAGAUGACAGAAGCAUAGAGAAUGCACUAGAACUCAGUGACCGCACCUUAUGACCUUGAGAGCCAGCGUGCUCACCUGACUGACUGGAAUGUAUUGUGAAAGCUGGCUUACAAUUCAGGGAAUAUAUUUAUAUUUUUCUAUGAAAAGUUUGUGAAUGUGACUAAAUCAUGACUGUUAUUUUUAUUUGCACUUGCUGGUUUUGAAGCAGCAUUCAGCAGAGGUGCCAAAAUAUGCUUCAUUUUGGGGGCAGAUCUACUUUGACAGUAUUGAGUACGUACAGCGAGAGUUGGGAGACACAUGAAACACUAGACAACUUGGUUAGCCAAACCAAUGAGCAUUAAUUUGUAAUAACAGUGUCACACAGUUAUUUUCUGAAUUUGUCCAGAGGUGGUAGUUUCUAAACCCCUGCCAUGUAGUAGGAGAAAAAUUCAUGUGACCUAUGUUUACAAAAUCUUGAUAAAUAUUAUGUGCAUACUGACAUUAUAAUCAUGGCAAGUGUAACCAUGAUUAGUAGGCAAGGCACCUACCACUUUUUUUUUUUUUUUUUAAAUUUCCCUGGAGACUUGAGUAGAAUACAUUAUACCCACAUCUGGUUAUUUUUAUUAACAUAGCUUCCACUUUCCUUUCCAAAUGCUUGUUGGGUCUUAGUUUUCUCUUUUUAAGGAAAACCCAAUGACUUUAAUGUUUAUAAACUUGAAUUUAUAAAGUGCUGGUAAAUCUUAUAUGUUUGGAGUGCAUAUUUUAAAGGUCUAAGUUGAGAGCAUAGUUAGAGUGUUUUCUUUUAGAUUGUUACUUGGUUUCGUCCAAGACUUACUUUCCUUUAGGAUUUGCCAAAUUCUUGCUCUUCCAUAAUCCUACUCUGAAGUAGAGAAGUUUGUGUGCCUUAGAUUUAGGGAAAGUGUUCUUUAAUAAGAGCACAGGGCUAAUGGGAUUUCAGUUCUAUGUAGAUUUUCCUCUGUCAAAACUAGAGUUAAGAGUGCAAUUGUGAAUCUUACCUAUGUAGGAAAACCGUUCCAUGUCAUUCUCCAUCCAUGCCAAGUGCAUUGUAAGCAUCCUUUGCUGGGACACCUGAGUGUAUCUUUACUAGUGACCUCUAUCUAACACAAGGAACUCAAGUUUUGGGGCACAGUGACUUUUGAAGUCAUUUGAAAGUUGAAACACCAUCCCGGGUACCGUAGUGUUGUUAUUUUUGAGCCAGGUUCUUUUCUUUGGUGUGGCUUGUUUUUGGUCUACUGUAGGUAGCUCUUCCCAGUGGUUUCCCCCUUGAGUUUCCAUGAGCGGAAAGGAAUGUUAUAUGGCUUACACACCUUCAGGUGAUUUCUCUGAGGUGGCAGGUAAGGAAGAGCCUCUAAUAGAGAAUAUAGUGUCGAUUUCAUUUGACAUGGUAGGCAGGACCCCUCUGUUUUUAUGCAGGAGAUAGAAGGGUUUGGACGUUUCCAGUGGUGGUUGGUAGGUACUGUUUCUCAGGGUAGAGAACUUUCCACAACACAGUGGGAGGUAAGAUGCUUUCCAUAGAGAUCUUAGUAGAUGUAAGGUCUCUGUUGUCUUUGACUGUUGACCUGAGAUACAUUUGAUUCCUGUUAGAUCCCUUAGGAUUUUAGCUUCAUGCUUACCAUUAUCUGCAAAAAGGCACCCAGAAUCCAUAAAUAGACAUGUAGUGUACUCAUGAGUACAUAAAUUCUUUUAGAGAGUUUGGGUUUUAUACACAGAACUAUUCUCAGUUUUAGAGUGAUUUUUAACUGGUUGUUGAUUGGCUAGUCAAACAGUUCUUUCUAAACGGCCCCCUCACCCCACUACCACCCCUUUCUUUUUGUCCAAUUGUGUAGAAACAGUGUUGUGGUUUCAUCAGACUAAAUCCCUCAGAGAACAGAAGAGGAUCUGGUGUCAGACAUGAGGGCUUUGGAGGAAGUAUUUUUUGUUGUUUUUUUUUUCCGUUUUUUCUUUUUGGUUAUGGUGCUAUUUCUGACAUUAACUUUGAAUAUGUGACACACUCCUAAGUACCAGUAAGGAUGAGUAAUAAACGAUAGUUGAAAUGUUUACACUGAGCACUAGGUGUUUGGGGCACGCAGGGAUUUAACGCACAGAUGUACUUUAAUGCUUAGGGCCAGCCCGCCCUUUUGAGCAGUUACAAGGUGAAUGUGAGCUGGUCCAGCAGUCAGUGCUCUAGCUUGUGUAGCACUUGAAGUCUGUAGUGGUAUAUAUGCAAAAGUAGCCUUUCCCCUCUAGUUCUAGAUGUCCAGAGUCCUAUGAUUUUAUUCACUUACGAUUUUUUUAAAGUUUGAAGUAUUUAGUUUUGACUUUUUUACUUCUUUUGAAAGAUUAAUAUCAUCAAACAUACUAAGAAAGAUUUAAAAGGAUCCCCUCCCCCCUUAUCUUAUUUUUAAAAGGUGUACUGACAAUGUGUAGUAAUUUAUAAAUAAAAAGAAAAUGUAUCCCAUUUUCAGGUAAUUCCUAGGAUGGUCCUUGUUUUAUUUUUUAUAAAGUGGAAAACUUCUGAUCAAAUAAUGCCUGAAGUUAGUGUGAUCCUGGAAAUUGUGGUACAGCAGUUAAUGGUCAGCUCCAAGUUACAGCACAAAGGCUGCUUCUGUGUGACGAAGUUGCACCUACAGGGGAAGUUGGUUUUGAGUAAGACGUUUUUAAAAAGCACUUCACUACCUGGGAGAACAAUGCAGAACAUUUAUAAAACAAUGCCACCAGAAGGAAGGUCACACUGUCUAAACAGUAAGGUGUGCCACUAAGCCUUUGCCCUCCUUGAUGACUUUUUAGGGUAAUGAUUGGUUCACACUAUACUCCCAGUUUCUGUGGUAGUCUAUUUCCUAAAUCACUGUACUGUAUGGUAUAAAAAUUGAAUUGGAUCUUAGUCUCUUUUGCCAGUAUGAGUUGAACUUGAUUGUGUCAACUGAAAAAAAAAAAAGACUUGUGAGGUUUGUAAAUCAGUAGAAUGCAAAACAUUAAAGAUGCAUGUGAUUGCUUUUGUUUUCCUUCCCA